AUGCAACCAACUGCUACCGUUUCCGCUCAAGCUUCUCAAAAGGACAGAUCUUCUGAAAAGAAAGACAACUUCAUAAUUAAAGGUCUAUUCUGGGAUCCUGCCUGCGUUAUCGCUUAA